GGCGAUUGCAACGUGAGAAAUGUAACGGGGCCUUGGAUACAGGAUUCUGAAUGUCGCAAAUCACCCCAGCAUUGAACUGGUAUUACUUACCGUUUUGACGAGAAGGAAGCCAGCAAAGCGGCGCUCUGCUACAGCGACGCGAUUGCUGGUGUGCAAUGCUGGAAUAGUCAAAGUGUUGGCCCUGAGAUUCCGGGAAGAAAGCAACUCUGAGCCGGACCUGGUGCUUUACAAAGUUGCGUUGCGCUCUUUGUGGUGCCAAGAAGCAAUGGCAGCCACUGCGGUAGGACGUAUGUGUGGACGUCCCAUCUUUGACCUGAAUGCAAGGUGCAAGUCAGGGACAAACAGGCCGGAGCAGGGUGCUAGAGAAUGUGUAGCGUCGGCGAUCGCAAGGCCAGGCCCUCAGAGGACUGUGUUAGGGGCCUCCGUGAAUAUAGGUUCAGAGUCUGGAAGCUGGUUCGGCAACAGCUUGCGGCUCUCUGUCGUGGAGCGGUGCGCAGAGAAACGGCCUUCAGGAAUCCGAGCGAGCGGCGGAAACUCGUUUGGAAGAAACUUUGUCGUCACAACGUUCGGUGAAUCCCACGGAGGCGGCGUCGGGUGUGUGAUCGAUGGCGUCCCUCCAAAUCUGCCCCUGACUGAAGCAGAUAUCCAGAUUGAGCUGGACAGAAGGAAGCCUGGGCAGAGCCGCAUUACCACUCCGCGGAAGGAGUCUGACACGGCAGAGAUUGUGUCUGGGAUGUCCGAUGGGGUGACUCUCGGAGUGCCGCUCACGGUCCUUGUCCGAAACAAAGAUCAGCGGGGGCAGGACUACACUGACAUGGAAGUGAAGUACCGGCCGUCGCAUGCAGAUGCAACGUACGAUUUCAAAUACGGCGUGCGGGCAAUCCAGGGUGGCGGCCGGUCCUCAGCCAGGGAGACCAUCGGCCGCGUUGCUGCGGGAGCGAUUGCUAAGAAGCUGCUGCGCCAGAUUGCAGGGACGGAGGUGCUGGCGUUUGUGUCGCAAGUGCACAACGAAGUGCUGGAGGAGGGGACGGUGAACUUCAACACACUCACAAUGGACCAGAUCGAGAGCAACAUCGUGCGGUGUCCAGAACCCGAGGCAGCAGAGCGGAUGAUCAAAGCCAUCGAUGCGGUCAGGACGAGGGGAGACUCGUGUGGAGGUGUGGUGACGUGCAUCGCAAGGGGUGUUCCGAAGGGCCUCGGGUCGCCCGUUUUCAACAAGCUGGAGGCGGAGCUGGGGCGCGCCUGCCUGUCCCUCCCGGCGACCAAGGGCUUCGAGAUCGGGAGCGGCUUCGAGGGCGCCAAGAUGACCGGUAGCGAGCACAACGACGAGUUCUACCGGGCGGAGGACGGGGAAAUCCGGACGCGGACCAACCGGUCGGGCGGCGUCCAGGGCGGCAUCAGCAACGGGGAGGUCAUCUACGUCAAGGUCGCCUUCAAGCCGACGUCAACCAUUACGACGAAGCAGAAGACAGUCACUCGUGAAGGAGAGGAUACAGAGCUGCGGGCCAAGGGCCGCCACGAUCCGUGCGUUGUUCCUAGAGCUGUUCCUAUGGUAGAGGCGAUGGUGGCUCUAGUGCUCGUAGACCAGCUGAUGGCACAGUUCGCGCAGUGCCAGAUUCUUCCUCAAGCGAAGAGCAAGCCGCUCAUUCUUGAGAGCAUGGAAAGGCAGACUGAAGCAGUGGAGGCUGCUUCUUUAAGACCACAUGUGUAAAUCUGACACUUACUAAUUGGCUCAUUGGCAACACCGUCUGCACCAACCUCCACAUUGUGAGACGUGCGAUUGUGGCCGCCAGGGCGGCCCGGCCACAUGAAGCACUUAUGGGACU